AUGCACAUCGAGAGAAAACAUGGCCUCGCUGAUCUUCGGGCUCUAGCGCUCGCAGGCGAGCACCUCAGAUCUACGACCAGGUUGGAACCCUUAACUUCUGGACGUGGUGGACUUUCCGUGAGCCAAGCUCGUCUCGGAUGUGAGCUGGGAGAGGCGGACGAGGCUGGCCGAGCUAUGGCGGCCUGGGUGCAGCGUGUGGUGGUGCGACAUGGGCUUUGCCCUUGGGCUGAAGAGGCCCUCAGGCGCGGUAGCUUGGCCAUCGUCUCCUUGGAGGAAGAGAUGGAGGACACCGUGGCUGCUGCAGUCCUCACCCACGCGCAGCUUCUGGCGCAACAGCCGCCGAAGAGCCGCUGUAGCACCUUGUUGGUGGCACCCCAGUGCCACGCACUCGAAGACUUUGAGGUCUACUUGGAGCUGUGUGCCUGGCUGGAAGAAGCCUUUACCGAGCUGAACCUCAAUGGCCAGGUGCAAAUGGCCACCUUUCAUCCACAGUUCCGCUUCGGCGACUCCGUUGGAUCGGAUGCCGCGGACUUCGUGAACCGCGCUCCUUGGGCGGCCUUUCACCUCCUGAGGGAGGAGGAGGUCUCCGCUGCCCUGGCCUCCUUCCGCGUGCCGGGCACGGCAACCUUCGACGAUCCUGAAGCCGUGGGGGAGUUCAUUUCUGACCGCAAUGCCAGGUUCCUGCGGGCCCGUGGCUACCAGAAGUGCUUGCAGGAUUUGAGGCUGUCCAACGAACGUGACGCUACGGAGUCGUGUGACGCUACUGAGUCAUGUGAGGGUUGGUCCGAGUUUCUCAACCCGGAAGGGUUUGGGGAAGUGGAGAAGGCUCCUGGAAACGCAGCCAUGGACAUCGACCUACUGAACCCCGAUGCCAAAGAGGAGAAGUCGAAGCACAAGCUGAAGCGCAUGAUUCAGUCUCCCAACAGCACCCUGGCCGCGGAAUCGGUCGCCGAAUCGGACGGCUGGAUCGGAGAGGACGGGACGUUCGGAGAGAUCACCACGGUCUUCAGCCACGCGCAGACAGUGGUCUUGUGUGGAAACUGCAACGUCGGGUCAUGCUUUGCCAGCCCACUGGUGGCCUGGCACGGCUCACCGAGGGUCAUGCCUGCCAUGUCGAAGAUCUCCACCGCCGUCAGCGGCGCCGCAGCCCUCAUGGCUGCCUCCGCCUUUGUCGCGCCGAGCGGCAUGCAGCAGAGGUCCGCCUUGAGGGGCAAUUCUUCCGUGGAACGACCUACAGGCAGUGCCAGCAUGGCCGCCGGCAUGGCGGCCCUGGGCGUCGGGGUAGUGGCCAUGUCAGCCGCGUCCGCCGGACGGAACGGCAGGACCUCCGUGGUGCGUUGCGCGUAUGACGCCUCCAACGAGAUUGGCGCUUGCGACCCUCUCCUCUUCUGGGAUCCCAUUGGCUACUGCGGGGGCGACUGCACCAAGCAGGAUUUCGACCGACGCCGAGCGGUGGAGCUGAAGCACGGCAGGAUUUGCAUGUUCGCCACCAUUGGCAUGCUGUGGCCAGAUGUGUUCGGCAAGUUCGACGGCUACCUGUCACCAUCCCAGAACUUGAAGUUCGCGGACGUGCCUUCUGGGCUGGCCGCCAUCAGCAAGGUGCCUUUGGAGGGCUGGUUGCAGGUCCUUUUGGUCGCUGGGCUCAUUGAGACCCAACUCUUCAAGGACCAGUCUUUUGGCGGCUUCGCCUACGCCAAAUACGGUGAGCCUGGCAACUUCGGCACCGGUUACUGGGGCCGCAAGAUCCAGGACCCUGCGGAGCGCCGCUUGAAGCUCACCACGGAGCUGAACAACGGGCGCUUGGCGAUGGUGGCCAUGACGGCCAUGCUGAUCCAGAACGGCCUCACUGGGCAGUCGCCCGUGGAGCAGCUCACCAGUGGCCACAUCUCGCCUUUCAACGAUGGCCAGGGAUUCUUCGCCUUCGAUGCCUCCAAGGAGCUGGGUGCUUGCCCUCCUUUGGGCUACUGGGAUCCCUUCGGCAUGAUGGCCUUCCAGGAUGAGGAGAAGUUCCGCCGCAAUCGCGAGCUGGAGUUGAAGCAUGGCCGGAUCUGCAUGGUGGCCACCAUUGGAAUGAUCGUGCCCGACCUCUUUGGUCGCUUCGGAGGAGACCUGUCGCCCUCCAUGGGCCUGAAGUUCUCGGACAUCCCAUGCACCAUCGAGGCCAUCUACAAGGUCCCGGCGGCCGGAUGGCUCCAGGUCUUCGCCCUGGCGGGCGCCAUCGAGGCGAAGAACUUGGCCUUCCCCACGAACUACGGCUACCCACCGUUCUGGGGGCAGAUCGACAAGCUGGAGCCAGAGGAGAAGCAGAAGAAGUUGCUCGCAGAGAUCAACAACGGGCGCUUGGCCAUGGUGGCAAUGGCCGCGAUCGUGGCGCAGAACGGCGCCACGGGGCAGUCCUUGGUGGAGCAGUUCACCACAGGAAACCUGAACCCCUUCAUCGGCGGCUAUGCCCAGAAGGAGCGCGGGGAUCAAGUGGCCAUGCGCGCCAAGUCCGACUUCUUCUUCAGCGGGGCGGCGGGUGGCAACUCGGAGGCCAUCCCUUGGGAGAAGGUGCCUGAGGGCCUCUCCAAUGACCUCUUCGGCCCCUACGUCGGUGAUGUGGGCUUCGACCCUGCUGGCUUCGCGAAGAACGCACGCCUGCUCCCUUGGUACCGUGAGGCCGAGUUGGCGCAUGGACGCGUUUGCAUGUUGGCAACCUUGGGCUACACCGUCCAGACCAGCGGUGCCAAGUUCGAGCCUUUCAUCACUCGCUACCCGACUGACUCCUCCGACCCGCUGAAGGCGGCCACUCAGGUGCCCAUCGUGGGCUGGCUGCAGAUCAUCGUAGUGAUCGCCCUCUCCGAGCUUUGGCGCUACGAGAAUGUCAUCAGCAAGUACGGUGAGGGCGUGGCCCCUGGCGACCUCGGCUGGAACCCCACCGCCCCAAUGAGCUCCAAGCGGCCCAAGUGGUUCGGCCCCACCUUCAGCGCCAACUACACCACUGAGGAGUGGAACAACAUGCGCUUGAGGGAGAUCAAGCAUUGCCGAUUGGCCAUGGUGGGUUUUUUCUUCAUGGUGCUCACCAACGCCUCCACUGGCCAGGGUCCAUCGCUGUUGCCGACCUACACGCAGGAGGAGUUCCAGUCCACGGUGGGCGACUUCAUCCCCAAGGGUCUCUAG